AUGGAAUUUGCAAACCAUUACGACUUUGUCAUUGUAGGAGGUGGUCCAGCUGGUUGCGCCCUGGCGGCGGGGCUCGCCAAAUCAGCCCAAAGACCUCAAGUUCUACUUCUUGAAGCAGGUGGGCGCAAUGAUGAUAAAGCUUUGCGAGUAGACGGAAAGCGUUGGACGACAUUCAUGGAUGGAAGCCUGAAUUGGGGGUACAAGACCACACCUCAGGAACAUUGCAAUGGGCGCGAGCUCGACUAUUCCCGUGGAAAGGGUCUGGGAGGUGGCUCGGCAAUCAACUUCGGGGUCUAUACUGUAGGCGCGCGGGACGACUAUAAUGAGUGGGCAUCUGUGGUGGACGACAAUACCUUCGGAUGGAAGCAGAUGCAGACCCGCUUCAAGAAUUUGGAGACAUUCAAUGGCAGUUUCGCACUCUCGGAGAAUCAGAAAUAUGCCAGUUAUGUUGCUUCGGACCACGGCAAUUCGGGCGCCCUGCAUGUCGGGUAUGCCGACGACUGGGAAAGGGACUUGUCACUCUCACUAGAUGCGUUUGAAGCGGCUGGACACAAGCUCAACCUGGAUCACAACUCGGGUAAUCCCCUUGGCAUGGCCGCCACUAUCAACUCUGCUUGCAAGGGAAAGCGUACCACGGCUGUUGACUUGCUUUCGGAUGCCCCUGAUAAUCUUGUAGUUGUCACAGACAGCCCAGUACAGCGGAUUUUGUUACAGGGCAAAAAGGCUGUUGGGGUACAGACUCAGGGCAAGCAGUACUUCGCCUCCCGGGAUGUGAUUAUCUCUGCAGGCUCACUCGACACCCCGAAGAUCCUAAUGCAUUCUGGAAUCGGACCAGCUGCAGACCUCGAGAAGUUCAACAUUCCAGUAGUCAACGAUCUCCCCGCUAUUGGCCAGGGGCUCCGAGACCACUACUUUGUUCCUCUGAUUCUCGCGCGUAACCCGGAGACAAAUGACCGCAAUUCGUUCUUCCAAGAUCCCGCCUCCAUGGAAAGUGCAAUGAAACAGUGGGAAGACAACAGUACCGGUCUGUGGACCCGAUACGGCUGCCAGAUCGGCUGUGGUUGGUUCAAAUCAGACCGCAUCACCUCGACGCCCGAAUUCAAAGCACUUCCAGCAUCCGUACAAGAAUUCAUGAACCGCGAAACCAUUCCCCACUACGAGAUAAUCACCCACAUGCCCAUCCACUUCAUGAUGCCCGAUAUGUUCAAAGAUUACAGCUAUGUUGGUCUCGCGGCAUUCAUGAUGAACGAGCAAUCCCGCGGCGAAGUACGCCUGCAGUCUUCCGACCCAGGUAUCCCGCUACUGUUUAACCCUCGAUUCCUCGAUGAUCCCUUCGAUCGUCGUACCUGUGUCGAGAUAUAUCGACACCUGCUGGAAGUUAGUAGACAGGAGUCUUUUGCGAAGGACACUGUCGGCACGCUCAUCGGGCCUGCGUCUGAUUCCGACGAGGACAUCCUCCAGUUCUGGAAAGACUACCUCUCUUCUAGCUGGCACAUGACCGGCACAGUGAAGAUGGGCAAGGCUGAUGCCAGCGACGCAGCUGUUGACACGCAUUUCCGCGUGCGGGGCAUGGAGAACCUCCGCGUUGCUGAUAUGAGUGUUGUUCCUGUUCUCACUAACAACCACACGCAGGCUACAGCUUACGUGACUGGUGUUACUUGUACUGAUGUUCUUAUCAAGGAAUACGGACUUGAUGAACAGUAA